CAGCGGCCCACGCGCGGGGGCGGCGCGCUCUCCGGCCGGAUGGGCGCUGCAGCACGUGACGCCGUGCCCGAGAGCCGCGCUGCGCUGCUAGAGGAGCUGCCGAUACUGUUGAAGUACCAGCCUGUUUCACUCCUCUUUCAAGAUCACCUGAUCAGCAGCAUGGCUUCUCCCUGCAAAGCCUCAGACUUCUUCUUCGUACUCAUUUCACUGCUGCUUCUACUGCCUGGAGUUGAAGCCCUGGAUCUUGGAGAUGAAGUUGCCCUCUUGCUGGGCUUAGCUGUCAGCGUCACUGGACUCUGUGCGUGUCUAGGCUGGUAUGCAAGAAGGAGAAAUGGACAGCUAUAACUUUAAGGAGAUGCCCAGGUCAAGAAUAAUUCUAAAGUCUUCUUGUUGGGAUUUAAGGUUUAAAAGUGAGUCAAGUUUCUGGUAGCUUUCUGAACUAUGAAGUGGGACCCUUCAAACUUCUCUUGCUCUGCUAUGCCAGUAAUAAGGACUGUGCUUGGCAGAAAGUGUUUGCAGGAUCUAUUCCCAUAGUAGUAAGAUGAUUUCAUAUAGCUUGUGAUGAGAUACUGCCUUAACACUAAGGUUGAAAUGAGCUAUUUGAAGAUUAAUGUACUCGGACUGAUUAAGUAAAAAUUUAAAAUACUGGGUUUUUUUGAGCAAAAUGCUUGACUGACUCUACAAGUUGGAUUGGAGUGGUUGGUCAGCAGAAAGCCAUUAAGAUACUAGUCAGGAUAGAAACUUGGAAGUACUGAAUCUCUCAGUUUGAGAACUAAAAAGCCAGGCCUAUUUGUAAAUGCACAGGUUCUUCCUAAUGAGAAUUUAAAAGGAAAAAAAAACCGUAAUAGCUCGUUUCUUUUGUCAUAGGGCUAAGACAUGGGAGCCUUAGAAAAAUCUCUAAUGGUAAAGCAUACCUCCACUGUAGCGUAGGUUUAUGUUACAAAUUAGAAUCCAUUUAAUAAAUAGCUUAGUUUUGCAAGAGGACUAUUAUUUUUCUUUAAUAUGGGUAUGAUGCAUAGGAAUGUCUGUAACAUGUCUGCUGGUCAAAGGGAAGGAAUUUAUGUUGUGAAAACUUGGAAAGGCCAAAUGUUUUGUGCAUGUAUCUUCUUUGUUUACAUCUUACAUUCAUUUCUCUCUGAAAUGAGUUCAGUUUGGGGUUUUGUUGUUUGCAGUAUCUUUAUAUUGGAAAAAAUCAAGAAAUCCAGUAAACUGUUUGACAAAAUUUUAAUAGCUGGUCAGUAGGCCCCACUUCAUGAUGAUGCCUUUACGCCUUCUUUAGCUAGCGCUGAUGCCCCAGUCCUAACUCCCCUGGGUUGUCCACUUGAGCUCUAUGCAAGAUUGUGGCCAAGGCUUGUGCCAAAAGAAAACAACUAAACAAGUAUUCAGAACUUUACUGAGAAGCUGGAGAAUGUUUUGGCAGAUAACAUGCCUGAAUUUUAAUAGUCUUGUUCUACACAUCCACAGCCAGAUCUUCUGAUGCGAGUAAAACUUUGAUAAGCAUUGUUCUGCAUUUUCUGGUCCUACCAGAAAAUACUAAUGGUGGUGAGGUAGAGCAUCCUACACAACAUCUUCCUUUCUACCAGCAGAAAGGCUAUAGUUAGGAAUGUUUUUUGACCACAUUGUUUCUAUAGGUGGUUUGGGGCCUUUGGAGUUGUUACCAGCCAGUGUUAGGCUGCUUUAUCUCAGUAAAAGUUCAGCCCCACACACAGUAGUGGAGUGACUAGAAGGUGAAGGUGAUCUCCUUUGCAACUUACACCGUGUGCAGCUCAACUGGAGCUGGCAACCUGGACUGGUAUAAUUGGGAAGUCAGUGAAGAGGGUAAGAGGCAGGAUGCAAAGCCCUGUUCUUUUGCUACCCCUUCUCUCUCCCUCAGAAGGUCUCAUAAUGAUGCAGCACAGAGCAAGGAAUAAAUGGUAAGGCAGAUUUGACAAGUCAUUGGGUAGUUUGACUAUAGUUUGAUUUCUGAAGCUUUUUAGACUUCCAGAUGUCAUUUAGAAAUGCUUUGGCCUGUAUAGCCCUCUUCUGUGGAAAAUGGACAACGGCUGUUAAACUCCGGGCUCUUCAAUCUUGUGAUUAAUCUCUUCCAAGCAACCUGGCCAGCAGGCUGCCAAAAUCCAUACAGGGUUGGAGUUGUAGGAACAAAUGCAGCUGCCCCUCAACAUCAGGUACAACAGAGAGAUCCCCUCUGCUCUUAGUCUGAUUCAGCUUGUGUGUACUACAUCAACAUCAGUUCAACUCAUAGGGUUGUUAUGUUCAGCUGCAGGCCUUUCCUCAGCUGACAUGCAAUGCCCUCUCCCUGAUGUUUUGAGGUCAAGAGUAGAAAGUGAUUCUGCAUGUACCAAAGCACCACAGUGAAAUUUGCAUUUUAAGAUUUACACUCCAGAAAGAAAGUAAAGUACUUAGUGAUGGCCCUGCCCUCCAUGAAAUGCAGUAAAGGGACCUCUGCUCAGCAGCUGUGGAUGACCAGAUAUGUUUAUAUAGCAAGGUAAAUGCUGCCACGUCCUACUCCAUGCUGUUAGCAAAAGGGAGGAGCAUGAGGGGGGAGGCAUAAAUACUGGAUGCACCCUUCCUUUCCCCACAUCUAAGUCUUUUUUUAUUCAUCAGUGAAUCUGUUUACCGGACCAAGGCUCACAAGCCUGUCAAACUGAACUUUUCAAAAAGAGCAAAAUGUGACCAUUGCUAGCUUUCCCCAAACUCCUCUAUCUUGUUCUCUUAAGAACAAGUGCUAGAUUCUUCUUUAGUAAUUUCUCACAAUUGUGUAUUAAGUUUUUCUCCCUUGUAGAGCAGCCAAGCAAAAAAUUCUUAUCAUCAUCACUACUGUCAGGUUAUGGGAUACUAGGAAUUGUAUUCUUUGCCUGUGGCCACAUGUACCUAACUGAAGGAUAUUUCUAUGCAUAAUGGUGUGUUUACCUGGUUUUGACAGAAACUACUUAUUGUAUUGCUAAAGAAUUGCAACUUUCAUGGGUUUACUUAACCGCAUGCAUACAUUCUGAUCUUCCUUUCGUUUUCCCUCAAUUUUUAAUAAAUUCUUUCAAGUAAGUUCUGGCGGUAGUUCAAUGAUUCAGCUUGUGUAAGAAGAAUAAAGGGCAUGGGAGAGAAAUGGCUGAAUAAUAAAAAGAGUUUAAAUAAA